AUGCAGCCAGUGGCUGGAACAGUAAUACCCAGCUGUCUCCUUCUACUGCUGUUCCUUACAACAGCACAGACAGUGAACAGAGCUUCCCACUGGGAAUAUGACGGUCCCCUGGGAGUCAAACACUGGCAGGAAGAGUUUGUGUACUGCGGCAAGGAAGCGCAGUCCCCCAUCAACAUCCAGACGCUGAACACCCAGUAUGACCGCUCGCUGAAAACCGUUCGGUUAAGCGGUUACAGUGACCCGUCGUGCGACGCCCUCACCCUCUCCAACAAUGGCCACACAGUGCAGAUGGACCUCCCAUCCACCAUGUACAUCAGCAGCUUGCCCCACAAGUACCGGGCCGCACAGCUACACUUCCACUGGGGGAGCCUGGUGUGGCCCAGUGGAUCGGAGCACCUCAUUGACGGCGAGAGGGCACCUGCCGAGAUGCACAUAGUUCAUUACAACUCAGAGAAAUAUCAGAACGUGUUAGAGGCCAUGAGGAAGGCAGACGGGCUGGUGGUCCUGGGAGUUCUGCUGGAGGUUGGGAAAUUUAAAAAUCCAGCUUAUGAAAAUAUCCUGCGUCACUUGGAAUCGAUCCCAUUUGCAGGUCAGGAGGUGGAGAUUCCAUCCUUUGAUAUCUGGUCCCUGCUCCCUAAACGGCUGGACCAAUACUUCACCUACCGAGGCUCUCUGACCACACCACCCUGCUACCAGAGUGUCCGCUGGAUUAUAUUCCACCAGCGGGUUCCAUUAUCCCUUUCCCAGUUCAAGACCCUGAGGACUGGGCUGUUCCGCACGCCAAAUGACACUGUGCAAACUCUGCCAUUGGUCAAUAACUUCAGAGAGGCCCAGCCAGUCGGGAACCGGCCAGUCAAGGCCUCGUUCCCUGUGGGUUGGGCCAUCGCCUUUCGGAAGGCAGUCCAAAAACUUCUGAAGAUGCUGUCGCUGAAACUGCACUGAGUGUCGGGCUCUCCCCCAGUGGGAGCGCUCCCCGAUUGCUCUGAAGAUG